AGGCAAUUCUCGUUACCUCCAAGCCACAGGCUAACCAAAGUCAAACACGUAACUAUGUUGCUCUUAGGCAUUUUUAAUGUCCUUGUGCUGGCCUUCACUACGUUUGUGGGUUCACCUAGCUUAUAUCCCUGUGUAUCUUACGAUGACUGAUUACUGUUCUUCAAUAAGGUCAUGAGCAACCCACUUGGUCAGAUUUCGUUGACAGAUGCUGCCGAGAACGAUGAUUUGACCUGCUCGUCCAUAAAGAAAUCCUAUCAAAGAGGCGUUGUGGAUAUUGUAAGUGUAUUGACAUGAUAACAUAUCACAAUAUACAAACAAGUCCAACUAAAGGAAGCAGCGAGCAUAUUUCUGUUGCCCAGUCCCUGGUCAUAGCUGGGUUGAAGGCAAUGAGGAGGAUAUCAGAGGAAUCGUUGCCACCUACAGGUACAAAUCCGCGCAAGGAGUUCAUUACCCACCAACUGGACCUGGUUUGAAACAUGACUGUAUGCCAGUCGCUUGUCGAGGAAAAAGUGAAAUUUGGGUGUCCAAUGAGGUAUCUUCCUUCCAGAAAUUUACCAAAUUAGGAACGAAACUGAUUAAAUGUUUCCCUGGAUCCUGUUCCUAGAUACUACGAUGCCGGAACCAUUGCAGAUUAUGUGGAAGCGCAACUUGACUUGUGUAAAAAUGUUACGGGAGCACCGCCUGAAUGUGGCCAGAUCUUUCGAAAGGGCGACGGCAUGAAUAUUUAUAUCCAAGGGUCAUGUGAGUAAGGUCGGAUUCUGGUCGUUGUUUUUGAUAAAGGAUUGCAGCCAAAUUAACGUGCUGGGUCAUGUUUCAUACCGGACGGUUUGGAUAACUUUGGACCACUUUAAUUCCGGAUACAAGUAAA